AUGAAAGCUUUGGUCUACCAUGGACAAGACCACUUUGGCAUCGUCGAGCGCCCCAAACCUCAAGUCACUGCCGCCACAGAUGCAGUCGUUAAGCUUUCGAAAACGACAAUCUGUGGCACAGAUCUUCAUAUUCUCAAGGGUGACGUACCCAGCGUGCAGCAUGGCCGCAUCUUGGGGCACGAGGGUCUCGGCACCAUCGAGUCCGUGGGGUCCGGUGUGUCCUCCUUCAAGCUCGGAGACCGCGUAAUCAUCUCCUGCAUCACCGCUUGCGGCGCAUGCCAUUACUGCUGGCGCGGCAUGCCCUCUCACUGUACCUCGGGUGGCUGGAUCCUUGGCAACACCAUCGACGGCACCCAGGCAGAGUACGUGCGCAUCCCGCACGCCGACACGAGCCUGCACCACAUCCCCUCCGCCACGGACACAGCUGUUGACGAGGACGCGCUCGUCAUGAUCAGCGACAUCCUCCCCACUGCGCUGGAGUGUGGCACGAUGAACGGCCGCAUAACGCCAGGCGCGAGCGUCGCAGUCGUUGGGGCGGGCCCCGUCGGGCUUGCAGCGGUCCUCACCGCACAGCUUUACUCGCCCGUGCUCGUCAUUGUCAUUGACCGCGAUCCCGCGCGGCUCGCGGUCGCGCAGCGCCUCGGCGCGACACAUAUCAUCCAUGCUGGUGCAGAUGGCGAUGUCGUGCGGCGCGUGCUGGAAAUCACGGACGGGAGAGGGGUGGACACGGCGAUCGAGGCGGUGGGUAUCGCGCAGACGUUUGAGCUGUGCCAGGACCUGAUCGGCGUGGGUGGCACAAUCGCCAACGUGGGUGUGCACGGGGGCAAGGCCGACCUACAUCUUGAGAAGCUGUGGGAUAGAAAUGUCGCUAUCACGACGCGUCUGGUGGACGCGGUGACAUCCCCGAUGCUCGUCGAGCUUCUCGCGGCAGGUAAGCUAGACGCGAAGGCGCUCGCGACUCAUUCGUUCAAGUUCAGCGACGUCGAGAAAGCAUAUGCAGCGUUUGGGGAUGCGGGCACGAGCCAAGCACUCAAGGUUAUUAUCAACUUUGAUUGA